AUGGAUGUGAAGAAACUUAUCGAAGAGGCAAAGAAUGCAUCCAGAAUAAAGUGGUCAGUAUCUGCCAUGAACGAUGGGAUAUGCAGUAAAUUUGAUGGGAUUCCUAUUCUGUCAGCUGGGACAAUGCAAUUUCACUGCCACCAAGGUGUUGAUAUAGACUUACCACAAAAAAUAAAAGAAAACAAAUUAAGGAUGACAAGGUAUAUUAUAUGA